AUGAUUGAUCGACUACUUAAUCCCUAUGAUUCCCCGACUUUUGGCAAAUCUUUGCUGCUAAGAGUGGAUGGUGCAAUUGGAGCCAUGUCACUAUCUCCAAAUGGGAGAGAUGCUGUAUUGGCAGGCCGACGAGGAUUGUUUGUAAUUGACAUGGAUGAUCCAUUCACCCCUCCCCGUUGGUUGCACCAUAUAACUUCAUGGGAAGUUGCUGAUGUCCAAUGGUCACCUCAUGCCGCAGUCAAACCUUCGUGGUGUGUAUCAACUUCGAACCAAAAAGCGCUCUUGUGGGAUUUGAAUCGACCGUCCAACAAUGCCAUAGAGAACAUUCUACACUCACACUCGAGGGCAAUUUCAGAUAUAAACUUUCACCCAUUUGACCCAGAAAUGCUAGCAACAUGCUCUAUUGACACUUUUGUUCUUUGCUGGGAUAUGAGGACACCUAGAAAACCAGUUGCAAAAUGGGCCGACUGGAGAGCCGGUGCCAUACAAGUUAAAUGGAAUCAUGAAAACCCAUAUGAGAUUGCUCUGACUCAUGACAACUCGCUUUAUAUUUGGGAUACUCGAAAGGGUGCACUCCCUGUCUUUAAGGUUUCAAAAGCCCAUCAGGGCAAGAUAAAUGGACUUGACUUUACUCAAGGAUUGAAGAACAUCAUAACUUGCUCCAAUGAUCGCAGCAUAAAGUUUUGGGAUUUGGAAAGUGAUGACGCAAAGAAGGCGGUUUCCCAGUUUAAUUAUUUCGACAGUGGGGCGGAGAAUGAUUUAAGACCUAGUGUUGUUAUCGAGGCAGAUUUCCCUAUAGUGCGAGCACGAGCAUUGCCAUUUGGUUCAGACAAGGCUUGUGGUGUCAUGCCUUUGAGAGGUGGAAAUGAUGCAAUACACAUUAUAAACUAUGAAGAAGCUCAUCAAAAAUACUUGGCCACUAAUAAAACUCAGCAAUAUAAAGGGUCCUCUGCAUACACCUUUGUCGGUCAUCAUGGCCCAAUCAAAGAUUUUCUAUGGAGAACAAGACACGAGACCUAUGACGGAUUCGUCUCAAAGAAUAAUUGGAAAGAGUAUCAGUUGGUUACAUGGUCCGAUCUGGAUGUUGACUUGAAAUUGUGGCCAAGUGAUGAUAAGUUGUACAGACUGGUUAACUAUGAUCCGACAUUCUUUAAUGUCUUUAAAAACGACCUGGAAUCUGACCUUUCCACAACAGGAAAGUCUGAGAAGCAGGUGACGUAUAACUAUGAGACAUAUUGUCAGGAACCGGAAGUCACAAUUGAUGAUUUGGCAAAAACAAAUGGAGGAGAUUUGUUGUCUGCGUUGACGUCAUAUCAGAUAUCAGAAAAGCAUAGGCAAUUAGGACUAGAGAUUAGUCAACUUGAUCAUUUGAAUUGGAUCUCCGGGGUGCGUAUGGGUCACGCGGGUCGUGGCGAUCGAAAAGAUAGCUCUGUAUAUGGUGAUGGCGAGACCCCGUCUAACCUAGGGGAAGAGGUCAGUAUAGUGGGACACAAGUUUCCAUUCAUCAGGUUUGAAAAGAUUUCAGUAUCAACAGGUGACUUGGUGAUCAGUCUCAGAGGGCCAGCUCCAGUAACUAAUUCAAAAGCGCCAGACCAGCGUCGAUCGUUGGACUCUUCUGAAAACACUCGACUUGCCAUAACAGCUGUUAAUUCAACAAUGGACAAAAGUAUCGUGAGCGAUGAUGGAAAAGAGACUGAACACAAGAGCCAGGUUGAAGAUAAUUUGGUGGAGUCUCAUCUCAGUGAGCUGAUUGAUAAUGUAGCUGAACAGAAAUUAGUAUUCAUUCGGCUUGCACUUAGCUUCCCUCGGUCAUAUCCUUAUCUUGAGCAGAUUGAGUUUGACAAGAGCUUAUCGAAAAAGAGAGCCCAACGAUUGCAGAAGCAGAACUCGAUAAAAUUCAACAUUGAAGAGACUCACGAACUUAGCAAAGAUAUGAGGCUUGCGAUGGAAAAUAGUUUGGAAGAAAUUGCACAGUUUUAUACUAAUAGGUAUCAACAAUUCUGUCUUGAGCCGUGCUUACGAUACCUAAUGGGAGAAAGGGUUGAUCUUGAUGAUGAAGCAAUGGCUGAGACCAGAGGAGAAAACAUUGACGACGACACAUCUUUCCCGGCAGAAGUAGGAGAUGAGGAUUGGGUAGAUGACUUGAUUAACCAACAACCAGGAUUUCAUGGAUACUCGUCAGGUGAGGAUGCGGAGUAUGAUGAUUUGAUUCCAGCUGCCAGCGUCAACACUCUAAGCCAUAGAGCUCAAUCUCCAGGUAAUGUUAACCUCGACUUAAGUGAUAUAAAAGGACAAGGCAAUUUUGAUUCUACACCGAUCCCAAAAGGGUGUGGUGCUGUGUGGUCACCAAAUGGACUGUUGGUUUGCUUUUUCAUUCCAAAGGAUAACCGACCGACUGAAACCAGUAGUGGCAACAACCACCAAAAUUUGAGAUUAUUUAAGCAUUCCGAUUUAGGCGUGAAAGAUGCGCAAAGUCCAAGACUGCUAGCUGAUGUUUCUCCAGAACUUGAUGCUGCUGACUUGAGUAAUUCAGACUCAGAAAUGUCUGAUGGAAACCACUCUGACACUUCGUCCUCUGAAGAUUACUUUGAGGAGGAUUUUGAGGAGAUUUUAAAACACGAUUCCUCGUCUAGAAGCAGAGUUCCUGUCCCAUUAAGAUCAAAUUUUGGGUUAGGUAGUCGUUUUAUUUCCAACGAAGGCAGACACAAGUCAUCUUUGAAAAAGUUUACUAGUCAUGGAGAAACUUUGUCCAAUUACAAAUCAUCAGUUAAGGAUGAGAGAAAGAAGAGCAGAAUUGAUUCCAAGGGCGAUAUUAAAAAUGUUGUGGUAAUUAUUGAUUUCAGCCAUUUGUUACCGAAUAGGGUAGAAUUGGCUAGGGAAUACAAGCUUGUCGGCGAUAAACCCGAGAAUCUUGCUGGUUUUAAUUCAAAAGUGGCUUUAAAGUAUGGGCUUGAGGAUAUAGCUCAAGUAUGGAGAAUAUUGGAAAUUAUAUUAAGCAACAAUGUCAGGAGCAAUGUCGAAGUUUCUCGCUUGACCCUGAAGUUGGACAUCAAAUCAUCAAAUGCAAAAGACAGACCAAGUGAAGUUUUUUCAAUAUGGGGGACCCAUCCAUUUGGAUAUACUUGGCUCAUUAGGGAAAUUUUCAAUUACUUUGUCGAAAGGCAAAACACGCAAAUGCUCGCAACGAUGUCUUGCGUUUUACAUAAAACCCCAUAUACAAUGCAUCAUUUUGAUCCAAACGACAAGGAAGAAAGUGAACUUGGCUCUCAUCUCGAUCAUUUGUCAAGUCAUCAAAGUCUGCAAACGGACGCGGUCAAACACUUUGAGCACACUUUUGAACCAAACAGACAUUCACACACCCGGACAAGUUCGAGAAACGUUGAUUAUCCUCAUUCUGUCACAUCAUCAUUUGACAAUUAUAGUACACGCACGGGUUCUGUGGACAGGUACGGUCACGGAAGGAAAUUUGGCCAUUCUUUUUCUGCUUUAAAUUCGAAAAACGGUUCCCAAAGCUCACUAACAGAAUCACCAUCGGUGCAUCGUGUCUCUACACCAAAGCUGAUGUCUCAUAUGCUGAUCAAUAAGCUGAAGACUAUAAAUAGGCCAGUAACUGAAUUGAGACACCAACCACCACCAGUAAUCACAAUUGACAUGCAGAAUGUGGAGGAGUUGGAUUUAUUUGAAGACUCGUACUCCUCGUUAAUUCCUGAAUUUUUAGAUGACACAAAGAUGAAGAUGUACCGACUGCAAUAUGCCGAAACGUUGUAUGAAUGGAAUCUCCCUGUACAUCGACUAGAAGUGUUGAAGUUUAACUAUGAUGGCGCUGAGCAUGAUCACAUCUACGAUACUCACGAUCACUAA